AUGCCGGCCCUGGGGCUCGUCGCCCUCGGGCUCCUCCUGGCGCUGGAGCCCGCAAGCUGCCAGGAAGCCAGGGGUAAACUCCAGCCGUGGGCGCAAGGUGUCAUCGCAGUGGUGGUGUUCCUGGUCCUGGUGGCGAUCGUCUUUGUGGUCAACAGGUUCUGGUGUAAUAAGAAGAGGGAUAACGUUGAGUCAGGGGUGACCACAGGGGGCAAGGAGGAGGCUGUCACAUCCAACAGCCACGACGGGAGAUACGUGAGCACCGCAAACGACUUCAGGUCCAAGGAGAGCAAGCACGCCUACGAGAACACGCUGGAGCCGGAGGAGAGGGUGGUGACCACCGCCAUGUAG